GCUCCAGUGCCACCCUGCUUCCUACUCCUCACUUAGUGGACAACGUUCCCUAACGCAGCAAGCUUACGUUCGACCAUAAUGUUGCCUUUCAGCAGCUUGGAGGAAGCGGCAGCGAACCUUGGGAGGCCUCUCACUCACGCUGAGAGCCUCUGGUUCAGAUACGCCGCCACCAAGCCCGACUACAUCAUCCACGCCCACAUCUACUCUCUGUUUUUCUGUGCCUUGUACCUCUGCUCUCUACCAUUAGUUCUCAUAGAGGCGAUGAGUCCAAAACUCGUCCAUAAGUUCAAGGUACAACCAAAUGUGAAGACACCCAUCUCCUGCAUGCUGCGGUGCUACAAAGACGUGUUUAUCAUCCACCUUAUGGCGAUCACUCUCUUGCAGUGCAUGUUCAUUCCCUUCUGCAAGUUGCUCGGGAUCAGAACGAGCCUGCCAUUGCCGUCAAGGUGGGAAGUCGCUGCCCAGCUUCUUGUUUAUGUCUUGGUGGAAGACUAUGCGAGCUAUUGGAUUCACAGGUGGAUGCACUCCCCAUGGUUCUACGACAAGUUCCACCGCGUACACCAUGAGUUCACCGCUCCCAUUGGCAUCAUUGCAAAUUAUGGCCACUGGCUAGAUGUCCUAAUCUUGGGGCUGCCCACUUUCGCUUGCCCGGCCGUCGUUCCUUGCCAUGUUCUGACCUUUGGCAUGUGGUUGCUUCUGCGACAGAUUCUGGCCAUCGAGUCGCACUGCGGGUAUGAUUUCCCGUGGAGUCCCAAUAGAUUUAUUCCAUUCUAUGGAGGUGCAGAAUACCAUGAUUACCAUCACUAUGUUGGAAAGAGCCAAAGCAAUUUUGCCUCUCUCUUUACAUACUGUGAUUACAUUUACGGAACUGACAAGGGUUAUCGAUUCCGAAAAGCAUGCUUAGCAAAUAUCAAAAAAGCCUGUUCUGUAGAUGGAAAUCUAAACAUAUUUAAGGAGUCAGCUCCGGAUUUGAAGUCUCCACGAAGAGUAAAAGUACAAAAAUAUACUAAGGUUGUUUCCACGUAGGCCCUUGCUUUAUUCAUUAGCGUACUUUUUAUAUGCUGAACUAUAUAUGUAACUCUGGACUUGAUGCUGGAAAUAUUCCUAUCACAAUGUGCUCCUUAAGAUGUAUGUUUAUUCAGCAGAGUUUGGUGCUUUGCAAGAAUAUAAAUGUGCUGUUCCUUUUUCAUCAAAUUA